AUCCCCGGCACACCCCAGGAGCAGCGUUCUCCUCACUGUGCGGCCAGAAGGAACAUUCCCUGCUCCCCUCCGCGCCGGCGGGCAGGGGCUGGUCACGGCCCAGAGCCCAGAGUCCCCCCCCUUGGCGGCUUUGACAGCAGCCCGCUUCCCAGGGUCGCACCUCUUCCGAAACGCAGUCAGGACCAGCCCUCGGCUGCCGGCACUGGGACGGCUCCGUGGGCCUUAGGCCUGCGAUCGCUCACCUUGGAGCAAACUUGGAGUAAGAAACCAGCGUGGGGUGAUUUCCAGGGGGGCCGUGCCCCUUCUGCCCCUCAGCUAUAGGCCUUGUUAAUCUCGGCCUGAAGCAUCGGCCCUGGGAGUAUUCCUCCUACGCAUCCGAUGGCUCUCACACACACACACACACACACACACACAGGGCAUGACUGUGCAGCACGCGCGUACACAGGGAGUGCCAGCAACACCUCCCAAAAUAGCACUGGGAAGGCUAUUUAAACCCUGGCCCAGGCCAGGCGGCCAAGUACCCAGGGCUCAGACACACACAGCCGGGCUCACACACACUCACACACACACAGCCGGGCUCUCACACACACACAGCCGGGCUCACACACACUCUCACACACACACAGCCGGGCUCUCACACACACACUCACACACACACACACAGCCGGGCUCACACACACGCACUCUCACACACACACACAGCCGGGCUCACCCCCCCCCAGGCCAGGCGACCCACAGGGCGAGGAUGUUCGGCAAGCGCAUGGUCCCGCACAGCGUGGGGGUGCUGUCGGCGGCCGAGCUGGGCUGCCUGGUGAAGGAGCAGGACGUGGUGCGGCACGAAUCCUUCACGGCCGAAUGGAGGGACCUGUCGCUCUCCACCAGGCCCGAGGAGCGCUCCUGCCUGCGGGAGGCGGAUGAUCGGCGCAAGGAGACGUACUGGCAGCAGCAGGAGACGCGCUUCGUGGUGCAGCGAUCGCCCGGGCUCCUCAUGUGGCUGGGCCGGCUGGGCGAGCCCCUGGCCCGCUACCCCCUGCCCUACCAGCGGGCGCUGCCCCUGCCUCUCUUCGUGCCGGCCGACCUGAGCCCCAAGGCCGAGCGGGGAGCCACCCCGCCCCAGCUGCGCCACAGGAUGGACUUGGAGACGGCCCUGGCCGGGGGCGCCCUGCCCAGCGGGCAGUGCCGGGACAAGAGGGCCGUGUCGGAGAUCACCAAGGAGCUGCCCCCCGUCGUCCAGCCCAGCCGGCCCGACUUCGGCAAGGGGGACUUCCCCCGCUCCCUGUCCCGCUCCCUGUCCCAGGAGGCGCAGAGGGGCUGAGGGGCCGAUUUCCGCAGCCGGGGCCCUUCGGCGCCCGCUUGAGACAGCGCCCAGAGCUAGGGUUGCCCAGGCCCCACCACCUUGUGCUCUCUGUGUUCACGCUGUGUCUGUGUGGCACCCAUGGCGGCUGCCAGGGUGGAGCUGUGCCCUGCCAUGGGCCCAGGGCACCACCCCAAGUGCCCGUCCCCAAGCUUUCCUUCAGUGCCAAGGGUUUGUGCCCGGUAGGAGCUGACAGGCUGGAAGCAGGCUCUACUCCCGUCUGUUAAACCCUCCAGUGGGCUCCUGGUUCCAGCUGGGAACGGGGGCUCCUGGGUCUGGGACACAAUGCGGACAUCUACACGGCACACCUAGCCCCAGCUCUGACGUGGGGUCAAGCCCAAGGCUCCAUUUCGCCCACCCAGACUCGCUUGUGGAGCCCAGCCUGCCAUUGCUGUGUGGACCCUCAAGUGCAGGCUUGGAACCGAGUCCAUGAGCCGGGGUCCCAUGGUGAACAGUGUAGACAUACGCAGGGGCAGGACCUCUGGGUUGUGUUCCAGUGAGUUAGACAGGCGAGGUCAUGCCCAGGGGGCUGGGGGAUGGUGCCCCGGCUGCGAAAGGACAAUGCAGGAAGGGAUGGAGCGAAGGGGCCACUGCGGGUGAGAUGAAGGGGAAUCCCAGCCCCUUCACCGGGCAAAGUAACCCACAUCCCGCCACCGGCGUGGGAGCCCUGAAGCACCAGCAUGAUGGGGAGGAGCGCCCUGGGGGCUGCAGGUCCGUGAUGGGGGA